UUCAAAAUUGACAUUUCAAUUGUCAAAUAAAAAAUUGCUGUAGUUUUUUUUAUAAUAAAUUCCAUAAUAUUAUUCUAAAUUUUAAAAUCAUUUUAUUUAUAUAUUUUCAAAAAUUCCCUCCCAAAAUGAUUCGAAAUCAACUAUUUCAUCGAUCUAAAACCUGUCUUCAGUACUUCCAAAGAAAUAGUUCUCAACGUAAUCUUUUGGCCCUAGCCGACAGAGGAUUCUUUCAGGAUCUUUUUCCAGAUGUUGCUGGCCCCGAAAUGACAAAACUCUUCACGAGUAAACCACAAACCAUUUAUGCCGGUUUCGAUCCAACUGCUGAUAGUCUGCACGUUGGCAAUCUUUUGGUUAUAAUGGGCCUUCUCCACUGCCAGCGAGAAGGUCACAAUCCAAUUGCAUUAGUUGGUGGAGCAACUGGCCUCAUUGGAGACCCCAGUGGAAAGAAAACCGAGCGAAAUCAACUUGGAUCGUCGGUUAUUGAAACGAAUCUUAUUGCUAUCGAAAAGCAAUUGAAAAGGAUCUUUAAGAAUCAUCAGGAUGUACUCUGGGACAAUAGCAAACACAAAAAUGACCUUUUACCUAUAAGAGUCGUUAACAACGCCGAUUGGUAUGAUAAUUUGAAACUAGUCGACUUUGUGGCUAACAUGGGUCGACAUUUUCGAAUGGGAGCCAUGCUCUCGCGUUCAUCAGUCCAAUCCCGCCUCGAGAGUGAAGCUGGAAUGAGUUUUACCGAGUUCACAUAUCAAAUCUUCCAAGCCUACGAUUGGUUGCAUUUACUCCAAUCUUAUGACUGUCGCUUCCAAAUGGGUGGAAGUGACCAAAUGGGCAAUCUAAUGACUGGUCAUGAACUCAUAAGUCGUGUUGAAAAGAAGAAAUCAGUAUUUGGCAUGACGCUUCCUCUAGUUACAAACGAAGAAGGAGAUAAGUUUGGAAAAUCUGCCGGGAAUGCCAUUUGGUUGGAUGCCGACAAGACGUCGCCAUUCUCACUUUAUCAGUUCUUUAUGAGAAUGCCAGAUUCUGAAGUUGAGAAGCUUCUAAAGUUGUUUACAUUUAUUCCAUUAAAAGAAAUCGCAUUUCUUAUGGAUGAACAUAAAAAGUCACCUGAAAAGAGAAAAGCACAAACUAUUUUGGCUGAAGAUGUUACUCUUUUGGUUCAUGGAGAGGCUGGUCUUAAACAAGCUGAAAAAGUCACAGAUGCACUUUAUAAAGGCAAUGUGGAAGGUCUUGGUGAAUUGAAUUACAACGAAAUCCGACAGACUUUUGCUGGUGCUUCAGUUGUUGAGAUUCUUCCUGAGCCUGGAUUGUCUAUACUUCAGUUAGCAUUGAAAGCUAAAUGUUUUACCACAGAGACUGACGCAAUGAGAAUAAUUACAGCUGGAGGAUUCUAUAUUAAUCAAAAACGUACUCAAAAUUUUGCUGAAGUUAUUACAAAUGGAAUUCAUGUUCUUAAAAAUGGUUUAUCAUUGUUAAGAGUUGGAAAAAGAAAUUUUUAUAUUGUUAGGUGGUUAAAGUAGUCAAGUAACAUUUAAGAACUGUUAUUAAAAAAAAAGCGUUGAUUU